UGUGUGUGUGCGUGUUUCAAAGUGUGUAAGGGUGCUCAGUGCAUGUGAAGCACGAGAGAGAGGGACAGAGAGAGAGAGAGAGAGAGAGAGAGAGAGAGAGAGAGAGAAAGAAAGAGAGUCAUUGCGCGUGCCUGCCACGCGCUAAAAAGUCCAGUCACAAGCAGCGGGGACGUGCACCACACAAGUCCUCCUGUCUUUACACUUCACGCCCGACAAGACCACCGGACCGGAACGACCACAGGAGGACUAAGAAAGACAGGGGACGUCAAUUAAGAUAAGGAGCACGCGGUUCCCUACCCCGUGCGUCAUGCCGCCCGCGCUCCGAGCCGCCUGACGCGCCUCCAGCCACUGCCGCCUUCUCUAACGCCGCCGCGAGCAUGAAGACGACGCGUAAGUGUCGCGCUCUUCUGUCGGUGGGCCUGAACCUGGUGGCGCUGCUGUUUUCCACCACGGCCUUCAUCACCACGUACUGGUGCGAGGGCACGCAGCGGGUGCCCAAGCCCAACUGUAGCGCACAGCGACGCCACAACUGUAUCGACUACGGCGUCAACGAGACGGACCAGAGCAAGGUGCACUACAGCUGGGAGACCGGCGACGACCGCUUCCUCUUCAGACGCUUCCACACGGGAAUCUGGUACUCGUGCGAGGAAAACAUCCACGAGGCAGGUGAGAAGUGUCGCAGCUUCAUUGACCUGGCCCCCGCCUCGGAGAGAGGCGUGCUGUGGCUGUCGGUGGUGUCGGAGGUCCUGUACAUCCUGCUGCUAGUGGUGGGCUUCAGCCUGAUGUGUUUGGAGCUCUUCCACUCGAGCAACGUCAUCGACGGACUCAAGCUGAACGCCUUUGCUGCCGUUUUCACUGUGCUGUCCGGUCUUCUGGGAAUGGUGGCCCACAUGAUGUACACUCAAGUGUUUCAGAUCACCGUCAGUCUGGGUCCUGAAGAUUGGAGGCCUCACAGCUGGGAUUAUGGAUGGUCUUUUUGCAUGGCGUGGGGUUCCUUCACGUGCUGCAUGGCCGCCUCGGUCACCACGCUCAACUCCUAUACCAAGACAGUGAUCGAGUUUCGCCACAAGCGCAAACUCUUUGAGCAGGGUCUCCGUGAGGAGCAGAACUUCCUGGACCAGGAGGCCUUCCACUACUUCCGAGAGCGCUCCUUGCAGUCUAUCUCGGGCACGCUGGACAUCUAUCCGGGUCCUGGGGGCAUCCCCGGGCCCCCUCCGGAUCCAGUGGUGGGUCGGUCCAAGAUGAGAACCGCUUCCGUUGACUUGGGCGAGAACACGGACUCGCUGGGGGAGGAGCAGUGCUGAAAAAGGUCACAGAGAUGGUUCUGAGCCAGAACCUGGACCUGGUUCUCGCAUUACAAUUUGAAUUUGUAGCCGCCUUUACUUUAUUAAGACUUGACAAGACAAAUGGAAAUUUCAAUGAAACAAAACUUGAAUUGUACACUUUGUCCAUACAUGUAAUAACAAAAUAUGACAUACAGUAUAAUGCAACAACCAAUACACUGUAUCAGAUCCUUAAAAUUUGUGGAUUUUUUUCCAUUUUUGUUUGAAACACAUUUCACAUUUAUGUGUAGUAUUUGGAUGUAAUUUUCAAUAUAUAAUUAAUCAGAGGGUGGGUUUGCACGUCUGCUUCACAGUACAGAGGUGCAGGGUUCGAUUAUGGCUGCGGCCUUCCUGUGUGGAGUUUGCAUGUUCUCCCCGUGCCUGCGUGGGUUUUCUCCGGGUAUUCCAGUUUCCUCCCACAUUCCAAAACAUGCAUGGCAGGCAAAUGGAAUACUGUACUCUAAAUUGCCCCUCUGUGUGAGUGUGAACGCGGAUGUUUGUUCGUUUCUGUGUGCCCUGUGAUUAGCUGUCAAACCAGUUCGGUCUGUAUGCCACCGAAUGCCCGAAGACAGCUGGAAUAGGCUCCAGCACGCUCGUGACCCUCGUGAGGCUAAGUGUAUUAGAAAAUGGAUGGAUGGAAUAAAUAAAACAACAGCAAUGAGAGCUUGCCGAAAACAUUUUAAUCUCUAACAUCGAGUAACAUUAGCUAAAAUUAGCCACAGUCCCACUACGCUUGCAGUUACCGAUUUCUACAUUUCCAC